UUUGAGUCGGUAUCAUGACGCCGAUUGACCGGCAAUGUAUUGGAAUGGGUUCGGAUCGGUAGGUUCAUGUUUUGGUCGAGUGCAUUCCGUGCAUUUGUCGCGCCACAGCGGUAGACCCGGCAGCACCAAAGUCAAAACAAAAACCUUCCCCGGGUGUGGACUGCUAUGCUAAGUUCUUCUUAUUAUUAUUAUUAUCAUCAUUAUUGGCGUAAUGGCCUACGCGAUCAUGCCGGCCUUUUCAGGACUUGAGUACCACGUAGCCGGAUAGUCAGCCCUUGCUACGGCGGACGGUUCAUACGCGGUUAGAACCCACGACGGGAAUGCAGAUGUGCGAAAUGAUGACGGUGCCGCGGGACCGCUCCUACCCAGCGUGCAACUUGCAUACUGCCACACUGUCUCCUGCUCGAUGCAUACGCUGCAGGCAGGGGGAAGGAUGCCCCUCCACGAUAAAAAAAAACACGGCCAUGAACCAGCGGCGGAGCUAACGAUAGGCGGACUAGGCGGUCGCCGAAGAUCUCUAGUCUGUAGUAUGCCGUAUGUCUACAAUUGGACAGAUUUUUAGCGACAAGGGCCCCCCGAAAGAUGGUCUUUAGGGCUCCAUGGCUGGAGAACCAUUUGCACCUCCCCUCCCCCCAUGGCGACUACAAUUUUAGGGCCUGUGACCGAUGAUCGUAGGGGUCCCAUGGCCACCCCCCUUCCCGCCGGCAAUUUAAGUAUACUGUUCAAUCUCCCAACAGCUGUGUGCCACUACCCCCUCCUCCCUGUCAUCAGUUACCAUUGACAGGGGCCACAAUUCGUCUUUCCGCCUUUCAUGAACACCUUCCUUUCUUUGACCGAUGGAUCAUAUCAUUUCGGAAAAAACACAUUUGGCGACAGUUUUGCACACACACGUACGCUCAUACCCUUGCGCAGACGGCUCAGCAUAUCGGUGUAAUCUACAACAGACGAAAGCAAAAGCUUAGUGUAACAAAGUUAUGUUUAAUGUUUAACACGUUCAGAUCGAUGGCAUGCCCCACUGCCUGCCAGUGAACUUUCCAGCCUGCGUUCUAGGUGCUGGUGGAAAGGAAAGUUGAUGAAAAUCAGCGGCGGGAUGAACAUGUUAAUGCGAAUUAGGAUUCAGCGCGUUUCAUAGCAAACCAGCGUUAGCUAGCGAUUCCUUAGUCAUUUUUACAUUGCAGCAAUUGAACUUAUUGCGCUUCUUUUGUUUGAUUUGUGAAAAUGUAACUUCAUCGCCGCAAUGUUUGUUAACGGCAUUUUUAGGCGCCACAACAGCUCGCGAGCAUUGACCACACGCGAGAAAGAGAUGGCGCUAUGGAGGGAAAAAGCACGGACGACGGCUGACAGCGAUUGGCCGUCUGACGCACCAACACAUCCAAACCUUCGACAGCGCGCUCAGGCGAGGGGAAUGAGGCGGAGCCAGGGACGGGCAGCUCGACGAGCUGCUUGACAAAUUUGCCGUUGGAGAGAAAAGGAAGGCAUGAUAAAAUUCUCAGAACGCCAUAACGUCUUCCGUCGCUUUGCACAGCGGGAAGGAGAUAGAUCUGAAUCUGAAUUUUAGCGAAAACGCUUGGCGUAGUGUGGAAUCCUGAUAAAGAUUGGUAUUGAUUUGACGUUACUUGCAGUCAUCAAGAAGCGAAUACGAGACGUACAAUAUAGAGUGAAGUCGCAAAAAUAUAUCAUGUGCUGGAACUGGUAGGCCCUGUUAUAACGUUGGCAAAAUUAAUACUUCGAGAAGUAAGUGAGCUUAGAAUUGAGUGGGAUGAGAUAGUGCCGCAAGUUAUUAUAAAUAAGUGGAUUUGCCUUCGUAAUGAACUGUUUCAUUUGAACCAUUUGAAAGUGCCACGCUGGAUUCUUGCGAUUAAUACUAAGGUGAUUGAGCUCCAUGGGUUUGCAGACGCUUCUGAUAAUGCGUACGGAGCUUGUGUUUAUAGUCGAUGCAUCAAUGUCGAUGAUAGUGUAACAAUGAAUCUAAUACGUAGCUGCUCACGCCUAUAGCCAACUAAAAUAGAAAAACGAAAGGCUAUCACAACACCACAUGCAGAGCUACUUGCUGCACAGUUACUAGCUAGAUUGGUUGUAAAAGAGAUAGAAGCAAUUGAUGUGUCAUUUAACAAAGUGUAUUUGUGGACAGACUCACAAAUUGUAAAAGCGUGGAUGCGUCACCCUCCAGAACAAUUACAAACCUACGUUGCGAAUCGUGUUAGAGAAAUUCAUGGGUUUACAAAGGACCUUACAUGGCGUUAUAUAACUUCGGAAAAUAAUCCUGCAGAUAUAAUUUCGAGUGGUGAAACCCCCAAAUGAUUAUUGCCUAAUGAAGGGUGGUGGUAUGGGCCCUCCUUCUUAAGAACAAAGAGUGUAGUCAAAAUGCGUGUGAAUCCAGAAAAUGAUUUUGAGGUUCCUGAGUUUAAGGGCAAGGUUACGUUGAUUGCUGCAAGUACGAAAGAUGUAAAGUUGAAUUUUGAAUUUACCAAUGACUAUAAUAGACCGUUACGAAUGAUGGUUUAUAUAGUGCGAUUUGCCAAACACAGAGCGUCUAAAGGAAGUGACUUAAAGAAAGAUUUACCAACAAGUGCAGAUUUAGAGGAUAGUUUGAAGGUAAUAGUGCGGUGUAUUCAACGUAAAUCAUUUGCGAGUGUUUGUCGAGCGUUAGAAAAUGGUAAUACGAAACAUGAACUAUUGAGCUUGAGACCAUUUAUUGAUCCAGUGGAUAAGUUAUUGAGGGUUGGAGGACGGUUGAAAAGUGCAUUUAUUCUGUAUGAUAGUCGACAUCAGAUGCUGUUACCAGCAAACCAUAGGUUUGUGAAGAUUCUUGUGCGACAUUUACAUGAAACGAACCUACACCAAGGACAAAAAGGAUUUUUAGCAGUGGUUCGUCAACGGUUCUGGCCACUAAGAGUAAAAUCUACUAUUAAGAAAGUGAUUGCGAAGUGUGUUACUUGUUUCCGAGCAAACCAUACUACCAUUGAGCAGUUGAUGGGUGAUUUACCGUCCUACCGGGUACAACCACCCCCAGUGUUUCAUCAAACUGGUGUAGAUUUUGCUGGACCACUUUUAAUCAAAUCUAGUUCUACUGGAAGAAAGCCAUCGAUUAUAAAGACUUAUGUGUGUUUGUUUGUGUGCAUGAUUACUCGAGCACAUCGAGCUAGUUUCCGACCUAUCGACCGAUGCAUUUUUGGCGGUCGUCUGCGUCGUUUUAUAAGCCGUAGAGGCCUUCCUCUUAGAAUCUUUUCAGAUAACGCAACAAACUUCGUUGGAGCGCACAACGAGUUGGAAGAACUGGCUAAGAUGUUUGCUGAGGAAGAAAAUGCUAAGAGAAUCGUUUACGAGUGUACCAGCCGCGGAAUCGAAUGGUCAUUUAUUCCUCCAAGGAGUCCCCAUUUCGGCGAGAUUUGGGAAGCUGGUGUAAAACAAGUAAAACAUCACCUUACUCGUGUCGUAGGGGGCCAUCGAUUAUCCUAUGAGUAACUGAAUACGACUCUUAUUCAGAUAGAAGCAGUACUCAAUUCAAGGCCUUUAUCUCCUUGUUCUAACGAUCCUUGCGAUUUAACAGCCUUAACACCCGCACAUUUUUUGAUAGGGCGAGUAAUGCAAACAGCAGCUGAACCAUCAUAUUUAGAUUUAAAAUUAUCUAGACUGUCCAGAUCCAGAUGGCAACUUGUGCAAACAAUGGUACAUCAAUUUUGGAAGAGAUGGACUGUCGAAUAUCUUCCUGAUCUUCAGAAUAGGUCAAAAUGGGAAAACGAAGUAACAAUUACACAAGGAGCAUUAGUAUUGCUAAAGGAAACCAAUUGUCCUACAUUUCAGUGAUCAUUAGGUAGAAUAAUACAGUUACAUUCUGGAGCAGAUGGUAUUAUCAGAGUAGUUACAGUUAAAACAGCAAAGGGAGAAUAUAAGCGCGCGGUAUCAGAAUUAUGCGUUCUUCCCAUUGAUGAUUGAAAUACCUAUUUCAAUGCGGGGAGUAUGUUUGAUGUAAUCGGUGAGAAGUGCACCGACUGCUAUAAACGCACAUCGAUCAUCCUCGCUGGAUGCUACGACAGCGAUAUCGAUAGGACAGGUGUACGCGUUCGACCGAUAGCGAGGACAAUGCAUGUGUGCGUUAGACGUAAGAUGAAAAGCGAAGCACUCGGUUCAGGCAAAGAUCAAUUGUGAAUUAUAAAAAUAAAAUAAAAGUGAACUAAAUAGAAAUAUUAUCAAACAGUCUCUAUAACAAUAAAGACAAAAAAAUC